CACACCAUACAACACAGAAGAGCAGAAAGAUUUCCUCUGUUAGACAGCAUGGCUGCAGCUGAUAUUGAACGAUUGGCUCGAUUCAAUAGGUUUCUGGAUUUAAGACGUGAUACCUGGCGUUGUGUCAGAGCCAUUCCAGAUGCUGAGCUUGAUCCCUAUAACCCACUGAAAAAGGCCAUCCAUGUCUCUCUCAAGGUUGAAAAGUCUGUUUUGCCGGAUGAAAAAUUACUCACAGUGAGCAUCAACAAUGGCCCAAAGGAAAAGAAGACCGUGGAUAUAGAGCGCACUAACACCGGCAGGGAAAUGCUACAGAAAGUCCUAAAGCUCACACCAAAGCAGGUAGAGAACCUGUAUCUGGUCUGCAAUGGCAAAACAGUGCCGCUGGAUCAGAAGCUGUGUGAUCUCCAACUGAAGCCGCAGAUUACAUUCAUCAUCUGCCAAAAGUGCAAUGGAGGUUAAAGAGACUUGGUUAAAGGUCCAGGGCUUAGUGCUUUUCUUUUUCCUCCCUUUUAUUUGAGUUAGUUUGUAUUCUCAUGUUGUGGGCUGUUUCCUGG